AUCUCCUCAGCUUAAGCUGUAGCGUUAGCAUUAUAGCACUCGACCUACUCCAGACGCUGCAACAUGUCCGCGCUACUCCGAGGACUCGCCCGACUUGGCUCAUCUCCGGCUCUGCGGAGGACAGCCCUCACUCAGCGGGCUAACAUUACAACCAAACCCGCAAAAGAUGCCAUAGGACCAGCUGAGACCACCAUUGGUUUUGCGAUGUUUACAGUGGCCCUCCUUGUUCCAUCCGGUUGGGUCCUGGCUAACCUUGAGAACUACAAGAAGAAGAACGUCUGAAAAUGAAGCCUGUGACGAUCACUUUCUUCCAAAGCCGUACGGGGACCACUGGAACCUCUGACCUACCUGUCCUUCAAAAAGGCAGUUUACCUUCUCUCCUUCACAACCGUCUCUAAAAUGUUGAAGUCAAUGAAUGACAAUGACUUACAAUAAAUAAUUGGUGAUCUUAUGGCUCUUUCUGUGGAUGUUACACACUUAAAAUAAAAAUGUUAUUUAAAUCUAAA